UCUCAGUGUGUCUUCCAGUGUGUGCUCUCUCUCUGUCUCUCUCUCUCUCUCUCUCCCUCUCUCCCUCUCCCUCCCUCCACCUCUGCCUGGCUGUCAGCUUUGCCUCGACCACGUAGCAGCUUCCUGGCAGCGGCAGCAGCUUGUGUCUACUCUCUCUCUCUCUCCGAGUCUCUCCUUCAGUAUCAGUAGCCCCAUGUAGGACCACGUAGCACCAGCUUUGGAUACUAACCACCAACAGCAGCCGGAGCGGCCAUGGAUCUCUUCGAAUUCGACUUUUUCAGAGACUGGGAGCUUGAACAGCCAUGUCAUCUGGAGUCAGAGCGCAGCGCCCUGAAGAGGAGAGAAUGGGAGAGGAGGAACCAGGAGGUCCAACAGGAUGAAGACCUGUUCUCCACGGGAUUCAAUCUGUUUGGGGAACCCUACAAAACUAAUAAAGGUGACGCGUUGGCCAGUCGCGUCCAGAACACGCUGGGUUCCUACGAAGAAAUGAAAGACCUGUUAACCAGCCAUUCCAACCAGAGCCAUUUAGUGGGAAUCCCCAAAGGCAGCGCCGCCAACAACAACCUGCCGCAAACCCCGACCACUUCGAACACGGAGAGACCCACCAUGGAGUCCCAGCUUUUCAACGAAGCCUUGCGAGCAGGGACGGGCGCGGGAGGUGGAGCAGGACCGGAGGGAGUCGGGGACAAGAGGACGGCGAGUGCACCUUCGUCGUCGUCCUCUACCAUGCAGCCGCCGGCUUCGACCACGCCCUCGUCGAGCGCGACGACAAUCCCCCAUCAGAGUUCGAAGAAGUCACGGAGCUCCAUGGACUGGUCGAGGGGAGGCCACGGACAGAGCACCCAAGCAACGGGCCUCGUCCUCGGGUUAGGACAGAACGGACAGGGGCAGGUCCCAGCGGCAGCUACGAGCAACAGAGGGAAAAUGUCUUUAUUGGAGGAACAGCAAAUGCAAAGGCAUGAAGAGCUGUUCAGCUCACUGAAAGAUGAACUCGGCCUAAAAGAAGAUUCAAGCCCUUCUUCCUCCUCUUCAUCUUCCUCUUCUUCUUCUUCUAGGAGGCACGCUUCCCACCCACCCAAAACCCACCCCCUCCCAGAUGGGGCCAAUUUUCGAACUUCUACCUUGGACGCCGGCCACUUUAAGUCUUCCACUAACACAGAAAAUGGGGGUCAUUUCAAAUCCUCCCCGUUCGAAAAUGAGACAGGUUCUCACCUCUCUACGUCCUCCUCCCCGCUGGCUUCCACGUCGGUCCUGACAACGCCCACCCCUGGUCUGACCACUCCCACAUCCGGACUGACCACGCCCACUUUCCCACCCGGUAGCCUAUCAGGAAAGCCGAUGGCUGUGCAGCAGAAGCCCACGGCUUAUGUUCGACCAAUGGAUGGCCAGGACCAGGCCCCGAGUGACUCCCCCCAGCUUAAACCCCCUCUAGUGGCCACAGAGGGGUUCAACAACAGUCAGGCUUUUGGAGGAAACUCUGGGAAUGUGAAGAACAAGCUGCCAAAGCUGAGUCUCAGCCACACGGGGGAGGUCAGCCUACCAAAUGACUCCAGCUGUGUGGAAGAGAUUUUGCGGGAGAUGACCCAUUCCUGGCCUCCUCCGCUCACAGCCAUACACACUCCUGGGAAAGCUGAUCAGACCAAGUUUCCCAUCCCAAACAAGGAGCCACAGCAUGUGACCUCGGGCUACAACACCCAGAAGCGAUGUACUGUAUCAGCUAACAAGCCUGCUGCUAAACCACCAACUGCACCGCAGAAGUCAAUGCUGGAGGAUGACCUGAAGAUCAGCAGCGACGAGGAAGAGGCCGAACAACAGGUGUCUGACAAGCCCAAAGCCAGAGGCACAGCCCUAAGUGGUGCAUCAGGGAGCAGCAGUGAAUCAGAAAGCAGCUCAGAGUCUGACACAGACGAGUCAGAGAGCAGCUCCAGUGACAGCGAGUAUAAUCAGGCCUCCCGCACAAACACUCCAGAGCCAGAGCCGCCUUCUACUAACAAGUGGCAGCUGGACAGCUGGUUGAACAAGGUCCAAGCUCAGACCAAACCCCAGGCGGCCCCCCAGCAAGAGCAUCAUGGCACCGGCUCCAUCAACCAGGGUCCAGAGAUUUUCUCUGCAGGAAAUGAAGCACCAGGAACAGGCGCAGCUGCCAAGACCAAACCGUGUGGAUCCAGCAGCGCUCCUGUGGCAGCUGCACCGACAGCCGAGCACAAGGACACGAGGGCGGCCUUCUGCCCGGCCAGAGAGAAGGCCAAGGCCAAGCUCAGCCAGAAGGCCUCAGGGGAGGGCCAGAGGUCGAAGAUGAGGCUGUCGCCAGGUCUGUUGUCAGGGCCGGAAGUCACGACCCCGAGGAGGAACACCACAGGGAAGAAACAGCCCAGACGGACAGAUAGGUCAAACAGUGUGGAGGAUAAUCAGAGCCAGACAUGGAGCAGGGCAAACCAGCACAGUCCUGCAGCCAGGGAGAAAGAUCUGUUGCCUCCCCCGACCCUGGAACAUCAGAACCCCACGAGGCCGCGAAGCAAACCCCCCAGUGGUAAAACAGCUCCAAGGAAGGAACCUCGCAGUGCUACCAACCCAAACAACAACACAGUCACUCCACCAGCAGCAAUACAGCAACCCCCUGCACCAGCACCUGCUGUCAGUGUAAACCAGGAUAAGAGGAAACACAGAGGCCCCAACACCAGAAUCACACCCAAGUCCCGAGAAUUCAUCGAAACAGAUUCCUCCUCCUCCUCGUCAGAAUGCCAGUCGGAUGCAGAGGAAGCCAUCAAAAUCCCCGCUCUGCCACCUCAGGCGACGCGCUCCGCGAUUAACACACAGACUCUGUCCAACACGCACAUGCACACGCCUCUCCUCCCAUGCCUUGGCUCUGCCGGCACCGCGGGGAGCCUGGGAACAUUUGGAGGGAAGGGGCUCCGAGUCAAAGAUGGUAGCAGUGUGACCACUAAUGGUAGCAGCAGUAGUAAUAGUAGCAUCGGCGGCGGCGGUGGUAAUGGCAGCGGCGGUAGUGGCUGUAACUCCCUGAGCAUUAGCAGCAUAAGUGGCACGUUUGGUACUUCUGUCCCUGAUCCUGGAGGGUUAGGAGGGCAGAGCAAGGACCUGGACUCGAUGUCGCCGCCGUCCAAUUUGGGACACGAGGUGCCUCUUUCCCCCUUGAGGGAAUACCAGGAGAUCCAGAGUUUAUGGGUGAAAAUUGACCUGGGUUUGCUCAGCAGGGUGCCCGGCCAGGGUGGAGGAGAGAGAUCAAGGGCGGGAGUCGCGGAGAGGGAUGGGAGCGAGGGGAGAGACAGGGAGAGGCAGGGGGAGAGGAUAGGUGUGGCCGAGAGGGACAGACAGAAGCAGGAGGAGCGGGAGUGGCCGGGCGCGAGAGACAGACCGAAGCCGGCGAAGGCGGAGAGACAGGAGGAGGAAAAUGAGCGAUUAGUGCAGGACAGAGAGAGGCAAGGUGACAGAUUAACAGAGAGGGAGAGGCAGACAGAUAGAGAGGACAGAGAGAGAUUCGGGGAGAGGGAGAGGGAGAGGGCGAGGACGACGUCGCGGGACAGGGAGAAGGCAUGCCAAGGUCUGGGGGUCCUGGACAACCCCCCUGUGCAGGAGCAGAGUAAUCCCAGGCCGGCUGGGAGGACGGAGAGGGCAGAGAACGGGAGCAAACACAGAAGGCAGGCAGCUGCAAACAUGGUGGUUCCAACAGAGAAGCACGCCAGCAAGAGCAAGAGGAAACACAAGUCGGACCACGGAGAGUCAUCCGUCAACUGCAAUAAGAAGCUGCGAUUGGACAAAGACUGCCUGCUCCUCCCACCCUGCAUCUCCCCAAUACACAACCACAAGAACAGCUCCACAGACAGCUCUCUAAACAGGAAGCUGUCCCGACGGCGCGAUGAGAAGCUGCUCCCGCCCCUCCUGUCGCCGCUCUCCGAUGAUCCCCCUCGCAAACGAACCCUCGACGCCGGUUCCUCCCUCAGCCAGGAGGGCGCCGCCCCCGACUCCACGACCUCCACCACCGCCGCCACCACCACCGCCACCGCCUCCGCCUCGUCUUCCUCACACAGGCACAGGAGAGGUGAAGGAAAGGCUUCAUCUCAUGUGAGGAAUGGCAGUGAAACGGAUCCCCACAGCGAGAAGCCGUGUGGAGACGGUUACCAUGCCAACGGCCACUCAGACUCCGACGUGUGGUCGGAACCGAUGCUGGAUCCUGCAGAAGCUCGCAGGCCGAGACUGACGUUCAGUGACACAGUCCACAGCGCCGACUACUACAUGCAGGAGGCCAAGAGACUGAAGCACAAGGCUGACGCUUUGAUGGACAAGUUCGGCAAAGCGGUGAACUACGCGGACGGCGCUCUGUCGUUCAUAGAGUGUGGAAACGCCAUGGAGCGAGACCCGCUGGAGGCCAAAUCGCCGUAUACAAUGUACUCUGAGACCGUGGAGCUGAUCAGGUACGCCAUGAGGUUGAAGAACUUCACCAGCCAUUCAGCCACCAUCGCUGAGAAGAAGUUAGCCGUGCUGUGUAACCGCUGUCUGUCUCUGCUGUAUCUGAGGAUGUUCCAUCUGAAGAAAGACCACGCUGUCAAGUACUCGCGGUCGCUCAUGGAGUACUUCAAGAAUUCCGCCAAGAGUUCCCACCAAGCACCUUCCCCCUGGAGGACCAAUGGGAAAGUCAAUGGGACUCCUUCUCCGCUCUCACUCAGCCCGUCCCCAGCCAGCAACGGAGGAGGAGGAGGAGGAGCCGGAGGAGGAUCCGGAGGUGCGCUAGGGUCAACAGGGAGUGUGGCUAUUCCCCAGCGGAUUCAUCACAUGGCCGCCAGUCAUGUUAACAUCACCAACAACAUCCUGCGGAGCUAUGAGCACUGGGAGACGGCUGACAGACUGGCCACUGACAGCCAAGACUUCUUCCAGGCGCUGGACUCCGUGAUGGAACCGUUGAGUCAGCAGAGCAGCAUGACUGAGCUGGUCCGCUACAUCAGACAGGGACUGCACUGGCUCCGCAUAGAGGCUCACCUCCUGUAAAGAGACUGGACCAGAGCCACACCUUUAAAAUUAAAACAAAAAAAAAAAAACAAAAAAAAAAAUGCCUGGGAGCUAGAACUGGGAUAACAAGUGAGAGGAGACUCAGGCUGAUGCUUCAAUUCCCACUGGGAUCCUUCAAAUGACCCGACAGCCCGCAUGGUAAUGUAAUGUAAUGUAAUGGUAGAGACUGGGUGGAUUAAUUGGGGUGACAUGUACCUGCAAUUAAGACUGAGCGGUAACUAAGUUUGGGAAUUUCAAUUGUGGAUCACACAUUACAAACUAGCGUAUUAAAACUUUGGCUGAUGCUGCGUUUUUAGUGAAUCAGUGCAGGUAAUAUUCCUGAAGGGACAAUGCAUGUUUAAACCUCUCCGUGGCCCUGAUAAAGAACAAGAGAGGAAAGAUAAAAAAAAAAGGGUUUUACAUUGAUGGGAUCAUUCUCACAGAGAUAAGUGAGAGACUGAUGUGAUUAGAGAGGCUGAACGUAGAGAAAGAGCUCAACAGAGGAUCAUCUCCUCCAGCGGUGGACCAGAAACGUGGCAGUGAUUGGGACUAGAAAUAAAGCCCCGGGCUGAUAUUGAUCCAAGUGAACAAGUACCGGUCCAAUCCAUUAGAUAAGGACCACACUAGUUAAGGAGAGCAGCUCAGAUACGACCAGUUGAGCUCAAGUAAUGGAGACUGAAAUCAGUGCUUUGCCUCUGUUUCAGUCUGUCUCCAGCCUUCAGAGAUUGAUCCUCCAGAAUAAACUCUGAUAAACAAAGCAACCUGCACAACCACUGCUGUGUACGGCCUCAGUAACGUAAACAGCUCCUAAAAGUGCGGUCAAAUUUUACACUUUCUCUCCAUAAUUUGAUAAACACUAGAAGUUUAGGAGUUUAAUUUAGUUUUUUUUUCCUGGUCUAAACAGAUAAUCAUUUAAAAUUAGAAAUAGCCGCAGACUGUAGCCUUCAUAUUCCAGUAUAAAUAUCUGGUAAACUAAUGGCUCUGACAUCUGGCUCGUAGCCGGCAUCCGGUCCUCGGGCCUAGUUUUUUUUUUCCAGCGUGUCCUACACUGUUGAUAUUUGUUGGACCUGUGUCUCGGUCUUUUUGGCCGAUUGAGAGUGUUGAGUCUUUGGUGGAGCUCGCUGGUCACAGACAUCGCUCUGGCUGGCUGAUCAGGAUAUCACACUUAGGGCACAAGAAUAGAAACAAAACAAAUUAGUAGCAAACUCGAAAGUAGCAAGUCACAUAGGCAUACGCAAAAACCUCUCCUCGAUCUUCGUCUAGGCUAAUAAGCUGUACACUAACUUUGAACAACGCUUCGUAGCUCUUUCUUAGCACCCCAGCUCGUCCCACUUUUGAACGGCGAAUACAGACUACUGCCACCUGCUGGUAUGGAAAAUUAUUUCCUGUCAGUUCCUGUCUCGUCGGUUUGGUGCAUCCUGCCCCUGAAGCCUUACCAAAGCCCUGUUCUUCAUUUAAUAAUAUGAAUGCUAAAUGUUGUAGAGACACAAUCAGCCAUGGGAGGCUUUCUUCCAAAAAAAUAAAAGCCUAAAAGUGGCAGAUAUUUUAUUUAAACCAGGAAUUAUAUGAUCUAAGUAAACCUUGCAAAUGAGAUCAGAUAUGUUAGUACUCCUCGGGAGGCUAAUAUUGUGUAUUUUUAAAGCUUGAAAUAUGUCUGUAAAUAUCAGAGCAACUCACGUGUGAGCUAUUUGUUUUAGUUGCAGUUUAGGGAGUUACCACCUCAGCAGAACAAUGGCUCAGUUUACUGGUCCUAUAAAUGGGAGCUUUCUCUCGUCAAAUAAAGCCUUCGUCUGGUUCUUCUCUCGCUGGUUAUGGGCUUUUGUGAUAUUCCACUCACUUCUAGUUCCCAUAGUAACCCACCCACCAAGGCGUCAAACACUUACGGGGGGAAAAAACUACAAGAUUCAGUAUGAUUUGGCUCUAAUUAAGCCCCCACCCACGUGCAGAGCAAGCAAACAGGGCGAAAAUCUCACGUCGGCUUUUCUGCCCUGAUGUCAAAAACAACACAAAAAAAAAAAAAACUUUGUACAGCACUUAAUGAGAUCAAAUCAACUGCCGGGUUGUCUUAUAGUCGUUUCCCAGCAUUUGUUGUGUUGUGUUGUUAGUGUGUAUACGUGUACAGCUGAUUGUCAAGUCUAUUUAAAUCAUUACCUGACCGAACAAUAAUGAUGUUUGUGUACCAUAAUGUACAGACUGUGACUCCUGGAAACAGUGUUUUUGUUUUUUAGCAUCUUGUGAAUGAAUGGGGAAGUGGUGCAAGAGAAAAGGUUAUGGAUAAGUGUGUGUGUGUCCACGCAAAGGUUAUGGCUGCAUUGACACAGCACCACACAUAAUGUGAUUUUUAACUCUUUAUGGUACAUUAAAACAAAGAGGCUGCUCUGUUUCUGAGUGACACAUCUUUGGCGUUCACAUGUCCCAUGGAGAAUUAAAAUCACUUCACUGUGGUCUCUGUAAAUCCAGCACAUCAAGCAUGAGUUUUUAAGUUUUGGAUCAUCUGACCAUUGCUGAAUGUGUAUGGAAGACAACAUGGAUGUGAAAAGUAAUUUUCACUUUAACAAAAAAAAAGAGAAAAGAAAAAAAAAAGAAACUUAAGUGCCUCUAUUUGUGUCCGGUGGGAAUUGCUCUAUUUAUUUAAAAAAAAAAAUAAAAAAAAAUAACAAAGAAUGAAUCUAAAUAAUUUUCCAUACCAUAUUGGUAUAAAUAUGAGAUUGUUUUUCGUAAAAUCAAAUGUUUCCAUAAGCUUUUUACUGGCGUUUAUGACGACACCAGGGUUUGGCUUUAAGAAAACAAAAAGGUGUGAUUUAACGUGUCAAAUUUGCAUCGGUUGCUUUAAUUUUAUUUUAUCUUUUUCUUUUUCAGUGAUUUGAGCAAGUAUGGAUUUGUCUGAAAUGCCUGAAAAUUUUAAAUCAUCGCAUGCAAUAAAUGAUAGCUUCAGACCAAGAACUACUUGUGUCCAUUUCAAAAGAGAAACAAAAACCAAAAAUAAAAAUAAAAAAUAAUAAAAAAAUGGAAAAAAAAGGUAUAUUUCUUGUCACAUAGGUCAUUUACGGUGUGAAUGUCUUACACUGCAGCUAACAGUCUGAGGGAGGCAAUAACACUCAAGAACAGCAUAAAACCUUAAAGAAAUUACAGGAUGACUUUUGGGGAAAUUACAUUAACUAUAGUUACUUCUUGCUGAGAUGACGGGUAAAAGACUGCUUUUAAGUUUACUAAUGAAGCCAGAGCUAGCAGCUAAUUAGCUUCGCUUAGCUUACAACUAGUUGCCUGGGUUAGUCCUAAGAUAACGAUGCUGCCUUCAAAUUGGUUCAUGUUUACCGUGUUCACCCAAAAGAUUUAUACGGUGUUUUUGAAAUAAUGAAAUGAAUAGUAAACUUCAUCCCCGCUUGGUUCAUUUGUAGUUAUAAUACUGUAUGGAGGAUAAAAAAUACUUUCUACCCGGUCUUGGUUGCUAACAGUUUUAGCUUACUAACUCUUUACUCAAACUGUUGCCUAGCAACAGUGUCGAAGCUUAGCGUUUUGUGUACACGGCUUCCCAAGUCGUAUUCACAAGCUCACAAGUUUCUCACAUUUGACUGCGCAUUUUCCUUGUAGAUGUAUAAUACACCUGUGGAAAAUAUUUAUGUUCGCUUUGCCUUGGAAUUUCCUACAUUAGCCAAGUCAGUUUGCCGUUAGCAUGCUAAACGGUUAGCCUUGGUGGCUUCUAGUCUCCAGCGGUUGCCUAGCAGCGGCCUUCUCAUAAUUUGCGGCUGUGUUACCUGUUAAACGCUGAGUAUUUUCUAUAACCCUAAAGUCCAAAGAUUACAGUUUAAUCAUAAAAGGUAUUAUAUCUCUUUGGAGAAGCUGACUUUUGGAUAAACCCAGGCUGAUUGUUCUCUCCUUGUUUGGAGUUUAAACUAAGCUAAGCUAAGGUAAGAAACUGCUUUUACCAGACAUUUUUAUUAUACAAAGAUGAGUGUUAUCAAUCCUCUCACUCGCGGCAAGAAAGUUUAACUAUAAAAAUGGACUCGUGGUUCUUCAUCUGAAAGCAUAAAAAUGUUUACUAAUGACCAUUCUGGACAACAGCUUAAAACUUCACUCCCUGACAUUUAACAAAAUGCCUUUCAAAGAUGUCUUUUGUAGUUAUUUGAGUUCAUGAAGCCAAAUUAGGAGUGUCCCAUUGAGCCAAUGAACGCCUACGACAGCCAAAAAGAAAAAAGAAAAAAAAAACACAGCUCACAAACUGUCACUCUUUGACUGAAGUUGUCACAAGUCAAUAGUGGAUCCACGGUGUUGCUCAGUCCAAUUCAAUGAUGUUUGGUGUUGUUUUGUUUUAUGGUGAAACAGUGAUGUUGCUAUAUGGUUAUUGUUAAUUUCACUCAAUGGUCCCUUAUUUUGAUUAUAUGCAGCGAUACAAUAUACAAUAAUAUGCUGUAAAAAGUCAAAACCAUUGCAUCGGUGACAUGGGAAAACAUCUGUUUUACCCCACUUUGCCACAUGUCAGCUAUGGUAAAUGUUGAAUUCAUGCAACAGUUCAUUUAUAUGCAAUGUCAAUAUGUGGGUAUAUUCUGUAACAGUUUGGAGACAGACUUCCUCAGCAUGGCCUUUUAUUCUUCUGGCGUCUUAUUAAACAUCCCAUUAGCCCCUUUUGCAUUUUCACAGUAGUCAACUUGUUUAUCAAAGGCGGCAGCGACAAAGAAACAACUUCACAACACACUUGUGAGUAUAACAGAGAGCUAAACGGACCGAUCUAUUUUUUGACAACAGAUGGCUGCCAGCCGAUAAUACACUGAUAAUCUCUACAGUAGUGUUGAGUGUCUCUAAUAUUUGUUUGCAUUUCGCGCAAUCAUUCUUUGAAUGCCGAGGGAAGUGCCAAAAAUGCCUCGUGCACUAAAUGAGCAAGGAUGAUUAAGGGUUUGAUUUUUUUUUCUACUCAAAUUCCUGUCACCUCCCGGAGACGUGUGUUUUUCCUUUGUUUGUUUUACCAUUUGUUCAUCCUCAGUUGAAAUGCUGGAGUCAUGCAGCAGUGUUAGAAAUACAUAUUACUGCUUACUGGAAGAAGGCAUUCAUAGGUUUCUCAGUGCUAAAAAAUAUUCCCUAAUGUCUCAUUAAUUAGUAGGAAGUAACUAACAAAUUGCUCAGUCUGUAUUUAUUAUGCUGGAAAAAUGCUGAUUCGUUUUCUGUCUACGAGGUAAAUACCACUAUCAUGUCAGUAUCAAGUACAGGAGUGGAAAUUGGAAACUAAUUUGCGUAGCUUGGCAUGAAGCUAGACAGCAAGGGGGUGAAUCUGCUCGGCCUACAUCUGUCCAAAGUUCCCUCUUUGCAUAGCACCUCUAAAACAGUUUAACACGGUCUAUCUUGUUUGUCUUAUUAAUUCACACACCAACCAAAGGAUAAACACGACAGCCUGCAGGGUUUAAAGAUAGCUAUGUGCUCCAACUAUUGCUUGAACAAAAAACAACCCAUGAGUCCACCAGGCUUCUCUAACUCGGCCUAAAAACCACAUUUUGUUUUUCUCACAUAGGCCUUGUUCACCCCUGGCAUUACGAAGUGGUAGCCAUGGCAACCCACUGUUUCUAGUCGGCUCCAAUCAAUGUGGGGUGUUUUUCUGUUGUUGUUGUUUUGUUUUUUGUUUUUUUUUUGCCGGUUGCACUGAGAUCUGAUCACAAAUGGUCGCUCAAGACUCACGUGGAGAUGCAUUUUAAUGCCAGGUGUUUACAGUGCGUUGAUGUUUGUGUAUUAAUUAACACAGUAGGUGUUAGUUAGGCUCUGGCUAUUUCUUUAUUCUAAGCUAAACGCCUUAUACUUCUGGCUUCAUAUCUAACACUGGGACAUGACAGGUGUAUUUUGGAAAGAAUGCUUUCAAAAUAAAAUUUAAAAAGAAACUAUUAAUUUGAAAUGCCACAGUACUUUAUAGUGAAUAAUACCUUCACCUAUGAGGGUAACAUAGUAGGAAACAUUACAUACUUUCUGUCCUAAAGUGAAAAUGCCACUAAUCACUUAAUCAGCAUCUUAUUUGCUUUGCUUUUUUCGUGACAUUGGAGUAAAAUUUCACUCGGGAUUAUCAGUAAUAUUUCUUUUAAGUCAUGUAAACCUCCUCCUUGUAGCCUUGUCAGUAUUUCUGAUUUCUGUUUUGCUUCCCCCCUGAAACGUAACAGUGUUAAAUCAGGUGGGAAAUCAAAACGGUCCAAGUGAAACCGAACUAUUAAACAGGUAGUUUCUUUAAGGUUUUCAAUCAUUCUGUUCCCUGCAGUGAAAAUCUGCCGGUUGGUUCAGCUGGUUUCUGCUCUGCAACUCUUAAUAAUGUACAAAUUAAACUUCUGAAGUGUGAGAUGUAGCUGUUUUUAAACAUGAAACCAUAAUAGUGAAGCUGCUCGAGUCUCGUUGGUGUAAUUGCCGUGAGAAUUGGGGAAUGCGGUAACGUGUUAUGACUCGUCUGGCCUUCCUCUCCUUCGGCCUUUUUCCGCGCCGGACGAAACCGGCGCCUUCUUCCUGAUUAGUGCCAUAAUAACAUACAGCAGAUUUCCCGCCAAAUUCAUUCUGAUUAACUCUGUUCUUGGAAACGGUCUGAUUUUGGUUGCAAUUACACAAUAGAGUCCAAAUUCGUUUUAAACGCCGCGGCAAACCCGUAAAUUGUCGGGCCUCCAAAUACAGUCAUAUUUGCAUAUUUCAGGGCAGACUUUGGUGGUUUCGAGUGCAGCAGCAACACUGUGCCUCUGACUGGCUGAACACAUUGUAAACUUCUACAAAAUAACACCAGAGAACACGUCUGUCCAACAUGGGUUGCAUUGUAUUUUUUUUUUUUUUUCCAAUUGUAUUUUUCUUUCAGUGCUAUCUUUUUCUAUGGUUCUUUUUAUAAUGAAGUUGUUCUAUGUGAUGAUCAAAAGUUGUGAUGCAGUUCCAUUGUUUUUAAAUAUUUAAUGUCUCUAAAAUAUGGAUUAAAAUCUGUUUGAACCAGUGA